ACCGUUUUUCAGUGCGUUACUUCCGCUCGAGAGAAAAUGCCAGAGAUGAAGCGUUAGGCAAGAAGCUAGCUUUUUGUCAAAUAUAGCCUAACGCCGAUUUUCUUGUCGAAGUAUUUUUCGUGUAACAGUUUGGUGUUCGUUUGAAGUUAACAAGAUGGCCAACUAUAUGAUGUUGAAAAGGAACCAGUGCACCUUAAUGGAAUAUCUUAUUCCUCAAAAUGGAGUCUUGGAGGGACCAAUGCACUACGGAUCGGGAAAUUCCUCUCCGCAGAACGCCACAGGCUCCUCUAAAGACUCUAGCAACGGGAUUGUGUCCAAUGGUACCCCCAAACGGCCGGACAACCUCGAGGUAACCUCAACAAACGGGUAUAAAACAAAAGCUAUCCGGGACCGGGAGGAAGACGGUUCGUUGCCGAGCACCCCGGAGUUUCAUUCGGACAGUGAAUCCGACGAGCAGCUGGAGAGAGAAACGAAACUCCUUAUUCACAGUUUUUUGGGUGACUUUACUGGACUUUCUCAGCCUCAACGAAAAGAAACCAAAGCACUAAAGACGAUGAAAAGAGUUGUUGCGGACGUAUUAGAAAAGCACAGAUACGCUUACAACGGAAUGAUUAAUAAAUUGUCAUUGGAUGAAAGAGACGAGGAUAUGUCAUUUGUCGGUGCUGUAGCGAAGAGCCUCUUUGGAGACCACACGACCAACUGGGGUCGUAUUGUCAGCUUUAUGGCCUUCGGGGCAGUGGUCUCUCAGCACCUGAAGGAAAAGGGCAGGGACAACUACGUGGCGCUAGUGAGCCAAGAGAUUUCUGCAUACCUGCUGUCUGAACAGCGAGACUGGAUUGUAAAAAACAAUGCAUGGGAUGGCUUUGUGGAGUUCUUUCGAGUAGCAGACCCUGAGUCGAUAGUCAGGCACACGCUCAUGGCCUUUGCUGGAUUUGCUGGUAUUGGGGCAACACUGGCCCUGUUGAUCAGUUGCUGGGAUGCAUUAUUGUGACCUUCUACUGGAACGACAGUGUUGCCAAGAUGAAAGUUCAUCAGCUUAAUAAACUCUACACCAAC